AAAAAAAGGUAGUCCAUUUGCUCCCACGUUUGAAUCUCUGUUUUUGAAUUGCUCUGAAACCAGACUCCAAUUUCGGAGGGGGGACGGAGAGAGGUAUCUCCACUUCUGCAAUGGCGCUCAUAUCUUUCUUCGGUAGACUGCUUUUCGUCUCUUUCUUCGCUCUCUCCGCCUAUCAAGAGUUCAACGAAUUUGGAGUUGAUGGUGGGCCGGCUGCAAAGAGUUUGAAGCUGAAAUACGACGUUUUUUCCAAGCAUGUCACAACCCAAACUGGAAUCCAAUUCCCUCAUGUAGAUAUGAAACAUUUGAUAUUGGGUGCUAUCAUCAUGAAAUCUCUCGGAGGCCUCCUAUUCGUCUUUGACAGCACUUUUGGAGCUGCGAUCCUGCUACUGCAUCAAGCAAUCUCAACUCCCAUCCUGUUCGAUUUCUACAACUACGAAGCUGACAAGAAAGAGUUUAAUCAGCUCUUUGUCAAGUUCACACAGGGUUUGGCAUUGCUUGGAGCUCUUCUCUUCUACAUUGGCAUGCAGAACUCAUUGCAAAGGAGAUCUCCAAAGAAGAAGGCCACUAAAGCAAAAACCAACUAGCUAGGAUUAACCCGUACUCAGCUUUACUUGGUUUGUCGCAGCCUUCUUUUUUUUGUAAGAUUAUCAUGGCUACAGCUGUGCAGUAUUUUUAUCACAUCUUUAUUAUCCAGCUAAGGCACUUCAACAGUGUUAUGUUUCAGUUAAUCUACGAAAAUGUUAUUUUA